AUUCAUUCACAAAAAUUAUCACGUGUUGUUAAAUAUUCCAUAUUUUUCAUUUAUCUUCAAUGCACUAUUACGCAGUUCUAUUAUUAUCACUUAAUAUCAAAUUUACUCAAUGAUUAAAUCUCAGAUAAUUGAUAUUAAAGUAGUAAUGUUGGGAAAUUAAUCGAAUAUAUCUAUAACUAAUCGCGGCGUCGUUUUGCAAUUAGUAAUUUCAAAUUGCACAAUGUCAAAAAAUUCCAUUACGGAUAUUUUGCAACCUGUGCCAUUUGAAAAGUGGUCUCUUAUACAAAAUAAAACAAAGCUCAAUUGGCCAGAGUUUGCAUAUUAUUAUUACUGGAUUCAAAAUUCUAUUGUAUGGAAAAAAGAAAAUCCAAAUAUAUCUAUUCAAAUUUAUUGUCCAGAUGGAGAUUAUGAACAAGGAACUUUUAUUGGAAUAAGCAACUUUUCAGUUUGUAAUAUCUUAAUAUUUACAUUGCACCCAAACAGUGAUAUCAUACAUAAAGUGUUAACAGAAACCAAACUCAUAGAUUACGAUCAACAAAUAUGUUUUGCUUCAGUUCAUGGAUCUUUUGCAUCUAAUGUGUUUACUGCACUAGAAACUCUCAAGUAUUUGAGAAAUGUAGAAACAGAACUAGUAUUAUCAAACAAUUAUUAUUUUAAGCCUACCGAAGAAUGUAUAAAAACAAAAAUUUGGAUACCAGAUGAAUGUUAUAUAAAACCUUUGGAUAAAUUAAACGUUCCAUUAAUACAUUCUUUAUGGCCACAUAAGAGUGUGAAAAAUCCUGAGUUGUCCUUAAAAUAUAUAGCAACAUUGAUAGAAUUAAAUGGUGGAAUAGGACUAUAUUUAAAAAAAAAUGAUUCUUUAGUUUCAUGGGGUAUACAAAAUGAUUGGCAGGGAUUAGGAAUGGUACAAACUUUGGAAGAACAUAAAGGAAAAGGUUAUGCAAAAGUAAUAGUAAAUAUGCUUUCAAAAAAAAUUGCUGAGCAAGGAAUUUCAACAACACUAUUUAUUAUUAAAGGAAACACAUCAUCAGAAAAAAUGUUUAAAGCUCUUGGUUGGAAAGCAGUUGCAUCCUGUGAAUUUAUAAAACUCACUACAAAAAAACAAUAGUAAAGUCUAACAAUCAAAAUUAGUUGUCUAAGAAUUCAUAAAGAUAAAAUAUUUCAUUAGAAGGAAUUAUUAAAUUAUUUUCUGUAAAUAAAU